GUCUUUAUCCUUUGCAAUCCGUUAAUCGAUGGUUAGGCAUCUGCAGAAAAAACACAAAAAUUCAAAUUAUCUUCGAUCCGGGCCAUCAGAACAGCAGGGUACCGGGUCGAAGAAAGAUCUUUCCUCAUCGGUAAAGAAGCCAAAUCCGUUCACGGGCUCACCCCUUUAUGAUCUCUUGCAGGUUUUCGAGAGACCACAGGACCAAUGGGUUGCACGAUACAUUUUAAUUUUAAGUAUUGUACUUUUGAAGGCAUCUGUCGGACUAGGGCUGUUUUCAGGGCAAGGUGAAUUGCCAAUCAAUGGGGAUUUUGAGGCCCAGCGUCAUUGGAUGGAAUUGACUAUACAUAUCCCGCUUACUUCUUGGUAUUUCUUCGAUUUGCGAUAUUGGGGUCUUGACUAUCCACCUCUUACUGCCUAUCAUCUGUGGGCUUUCGGAAAAAUUGGCUCCUUUCUCAAUCCAGAAUGGUUCGUUUUGGGGCUUUCUAGGGGAAAUGAAAGCGUCCUGCUUAAGACUUUUAUGAGGCUUUCUUGUUUGCUCAGUGAAUUGGUGUUCUAUGUACCUGCUGUCAUGCAACUCACCUCGUACUUGGGGGGCCGAAAAGAAAAUUUGAGUCGAAUUCAUCAAAUUGUCGUUCUUGCUUUGAUCUUCUGUCAACCUUGCUUAAUCCUAAUCGACAAUGGACAUUUUCAGUACAACUCCGUGAUGUUGGGGCUUUUUUUAUUCUCUGUGAUUGAGCUCUUAAAGGGGAACCUAGUUUUAGCAUCUGUGUGGUUCAUUUGCUCGAUCUUGUUCAAGCAGAUGGCGCUAUACUACAGUCCUUUUAUCUUUGUCUUUAUUCUUUCCAGGCUCUUUACUUGCAAGAAAACAAUUUCAUCGACGAUAGCAACCUUCCAGUUUGGAAAGCUAUUUGUUGUUAGUGUUACAGUCGUUGUGACAAUCACUGUCAUUCUUUUCCCUUUUUUGAUUGCAGCUCGUUCUGGAACUGAAGCUGCGGAGCAAGUAUUGCAGAUCUUAAAACGAAUGUUUCCUUUUGAAAGAGGUCUCUUUGAAGACAAGGUUGCUAACUUCUGGUGUACUUCCAACAUAUUGAUAAAAUAUGCCACCAUAUUUAAUGGAGGUGAACUCAAAGCGAUCUCUCUUAUUUUGACCUUAACGGCUAUUUUUCCCCCUUGUGCUAUGAUAUUUUGGAAGAACAUAAGAAGACUGUAUCCCCCACCAGAGUUGGCGAUUUAUGGGUUCAGUGCCACUGCGUGGGCUUUCUUCCUCUUUCUGUUCCAGGUGCACGAGAAAACAGUCUUGGUUCCCUUAAUUCCAUCGACUUUAUUGCUUCUCACCGAUAAUUCCUCAUGCAUCUCUGUCAUUCAGUGGAUUAACAACAUUGCGGCGUUCAGUCUCUAUCCACUUUUGAAAAAAGACGGACUAGUUCUUCAAUAUUUAGUGUGCACUCUCCUUGUUAAUUGGCUACUUGGGGGGUUUCUGCGGAAAAAUUGGAAAUCCUUACUAAUGCCUAAUCUGCAAAGCCAGGCCUUAAAGUUUGUGAUUAUAUUGUCGUACAUGGCAGUGUUCGCUGUCCACGUCUUAGAUUUCGUUAUCACACCCCCGAUGCAGUAUCCUGAUUUGUGGACCAUUGCAAACACUACUGUGUCCUUUGGGUCUUUUUCUUGGUUUUAUCUUUGGCUCUUAUAUAAGAUAUAUCACCUUUGAUCUCCAUCAACAAAUUGAACAUCUGACCGGGGCCUCUUCUGAUCAUCAAAAAGACCCCACUCAGCCUCCCAGGUAUCUGGUUCUUUAUUAAACCGAAUUUUCCAUGGCUCGUUAAACGCCUCAUAGUAAAACCAAUCUUCUGUAGGGCUUUUUGCACUGUUUGAAAUCCAUGAGUGCAUAAAAGUUUUAUGGUCUGAAGGCGACGCCUUAGCCCGUUUAAACUCGCCACCUUGAUAUGGCCA